UGUAAUUCAAUCUCCUUGAGAUGUAAACACUGAAGUGAUGAUUUUAGAUGAAGUUAGCGGCGCGUGUGAGCUAUUUGUUGAUAUUCAAGUCAGUCUUGCUCUUAUCUUUGCACUUCCACUUCUAGUACUGCAGUGAAAAUUUAAGCGGAUCAACUGCUUUUUAUUUUGUCAAGUGUGUGAGCCCCCGCAUCUUCAUUACUUGCAUUAUUAUAUAGCGGGAAGGUUGCAGCUGAUAGCUAAAGAACUGCAAGUCAGUCCAUGCAUAUGAUGCAAGCAACAGAAGCAUUUGCUUUAUUUCACCACAACGAAGGGCCGAUAGAUAACAGUUUGACAAGUCUUAAUUGGCUGCCUGAUUUUCAGAUUCCCAGCAUUGACAAGCUAGUAGUGCAGCCUCGCAAGGAUUCUAUUUCUAGUUCUGGUGGGGACUCGGUUUUUGAAAACGAACACGAAAAAAUGGAGCGGCCUCAAGAAGAAUUACUACCACUCUCCCCUCUAAAGCGCUGCAUGAACCAAACUGCAGAGUUCGAACAGAAUCAGUGGAAAUACCAAGACAAUCCUGCCAAGCCUCCAUUCUCCUACACUACGAUAAUAUAUCUAGCUAUUCGCUCAAGCAAGAAUGACAAGGUGACAUUAGGGGAGAUAUAUCAGUGGAUAAAGGAUCAUUUCAUGUACUACAGAGUGGCAGAGUCAACGUGGCAGAACUCUGUGAGGCAUAACCUCUCCCUCAAUGACUUCUUCAUAAAAAUCCCAAGAAGUGAAGGAGACCCAGGCAAAGGAAGUUUUUGGAAGAUCAAUCCAGAAUAUGAAAAUGUUGUCACAAAUGAAGUCGAAUUCCAGAGAAUAGAAGGAAUCCAAAACAGUCUUCGAAUGUUCUCCGGAGCUAAGAGAGGAAAAUCCCGUAGGAAGCUACACAGCACAAGUUCCAAUGGCUCUAAACCUGGAAGCAAGGAAACAACACCACAGAAGAGGCGCCCAAAGAGUACUUCAGCUAUGCAAAUGGGAUCGAAUGUCCCUGACACUGAUCAUCACUUACUAUCAGCCGAUCUAGACUGGACUACACUCCUCAGCAGUCAGAAAAUGCUCUGCAGCACUUGCCAUGAAAUGCUGCCUCAUACUUGCCCCGCAUCGUUUGGUACACCCAUCACAGGAACUGAGACUGAUCCUGUGUACGGCUGCUCUCCCUCAAUCAUACCAAUGUCACUCUCCACCGACACAUCUUCCAUCAUACCAACAACAAGCUCUCUCAAUCCAUUACUCAAUGAGAUUAUGACAAGCCAAGAGUCUCCAGCCCAACUCCUUCCACCGUGGGCAGAGAGUCGCUCCGAGUCUCCAAACAUUGGUUUUGAGCACCCAUGGGCAGAAACACUAAGAGAUCGUAGCAUACAAAUUUCUCCCGAGUCUGGUCAGAGCUGGAUGACAAGUGUGGGCCUUCCAAUGAGUGGAUACCCUCAUUCAUCCUCAGGGCCUGUACCAGCAGUAGCUACACUUAUGUAAAGCACAGACUGUACAGUACACAACACACAUUAUACAGA